AUGCCACCUAAAAAGCGCAACUCUGGGAAUACACAGAGCAAGGGGCAGAAGACCAGUGCUGAAAGUGCCUCUCCGGACAAGAAGGAGAGUCCAGAGUUAUCUGUUAAAAAACACAGAGACAAGGAUGCUGAGUAUGUCACCCUGUGCAAGAGCCUUCACGUCACAGACCUGGUGUGUGACCAUGCCUGGAACAUGUGGAAAACGGUGCAAGAGUCCAUGGAUGAAGUCGCUGAGUGUCAGAAAAAGCUGUGGGGUGCUUGUCUGUUUGUGACUGUGACAGACAUGGAUGUCGCCUGUUUCACCUUAACUCAGGUUCUGAAAGCAGUCAGUCUGAAUGUAAAGCAGUUUAUGGCUCUUGUGAGAAAGUUGGAUGUGAACUUGGAUACGAUUAGCACCAAGGUGCAUUCAGCACUGACACGACUGGAGAAGAAGUAUGAUGUGACACUGGCUCUCUACCAGAGGUUUGAGAAGACGUGCAAGAAAAUCUUUGCUUUGGUUUCUGAUGGCAAGGAGAGGGAGACCAUGCGGAGCUGCUGGACAAUGUUUCUUUUGGCCAAAGGAAGGGUCUUGCAGAUGGAGGAUGACCUGGUCAUAUCAUUCCAGCUGCUGCUUUGUACACUGGAGUUAUUCAUCAAGCGCGGUCCUCCAGACCUUCUGCAGCCUCUUUACAAAUCAGCAAUCAGUAAAGUCCAGAGUCCCCCAACAAGAACAUCUCGUCGUAACCAGAGCAAAGCCAAAUCCCGACCUCCUGAGCCAGAGGUGGAUGUGCAGCUUCUCGAAACCUUGUGCAAAGAGAAUGAAUGCAAUGCAGAAGAGGUGAAGAAUGUAUACCAGACCAGUUUCUCGGCUUUCCUGGACUCGCUGGAUCUUUCAAGAUCCCCAGAUUUUCCUCAGGUGAAUGACCUCGACCAACAAUAUGAAGAGCACUACCUCAAGAGUAGAGACAUUGAUGGACGGCUUUUUUUUGAUGGAGAUGAGACUGUUCGUGUGCCUAAAGUUGAAAUACAACAGGUGGAGAGAACACCAAAGAAGAACUUGCCAGAUGAAGACUCUGUAGUCAUCCCUCCACAGACUCCAAUCAGAGCUGCCAUGACCUCCAUUCAGCAGUUGAGGGGUGAGCUCAUCUCCACUGGGGACCAACCAUCUGCUAUCCUGGAUACAUAUUUCAAAAAUUGCACCGUUGACCCAACGCAGGAUGUGCUGAAGCGGUUGGAGACACUCGAACAGGCGUUCAGCCAAAGAUUUGGUCAGGCAGUCGGCCCGCGCUGUGUAGUACUUGGCAAGCAGAGAUUUACCCUUGGAGUCAGACUGUAUUACAAAGUCAUGGAGGCAAUGUUGAAAUCGGAGGAGAAGCGACUGUCUGUGCAAAAUUUCAGUAAACUCCUCAAUGACUCCACAUUCCACACAUCACUUUUGGCCUGCUCUUUGGAGGUGGUCAUGGCAACAUAUGGAGAGAGCAGUUUUAAGACUGGAGGAUACAUUCAAGAAGUUGCUGGGGGUGACCCAACUGAGACAGAUGUGUGCUUCCCCUGGAUACUGGAUGUGUUCAACCUCGCUGCCUUUGACUUCUAUAAAGUCAUCGAGAGCUUCAUCAAGGCUGACCCCACAAUGAGCAAAGAUAUCGUAAAACAUCUGGAGACAUGUGAGAACCUCAUCAUGGAGAGGAUUGCAUGGAGGAGGGGUUCCCCACUAUUUGAGCUGCUGAAACAGGAGCAUGAGGGCGGAGCAGCAGAGCAGCUGGAGACCCCAGCCAGUUUCAGCCAACCACUACAGCACAACCACACUGCAGCUGACCUAUAUCUGUCCCCCAUGCGUCCGGGCCAUCGUGUCUUGCCUCCUGAGUUCCCAGUCACGGCCAGCUCUCAAGCUUCCGCUCAGGUUCCAACCCAGCCUGCCAGUCAGACUCCACGACACCCAAAGUCCAACUCACUCAGCCUCUUCUAUAAAAAGUUGUACCGCCUGGCCUAUACCAGGCUGAAGAUACUCUGCUCCUACCUACUGCCCUCCCACCCUGAACUGGAGCCCAUCAUAUGGACACUUUUCCAGCACACACUGCAGCACGAGUAUGAGCUGAUGAGAGACCGUCACCUUGACCAGUUGAUGAUGUCAGCCAUGUAUGCCAUAUGUAAAGUGAAGACUGUUGAUCUGCGGUUCAAGACCAUUGUCACAGCAUACAAGAACAUGCCCAACACCAACCAGGAGACCUUUAAGCAUGUGUUGAUCACUGAGGGCCACUAUGACUCCAUCAUUGUCUUCUACAACCAAGUCUUCAUGCAGAGGCUGAAAACCAACAUCCUGCAGUAUGCGUCUACCAGGCCACCUACCCUGUCUCCAAUCCCACAAAUACCACGCAGCCCCUACAAGUUCCCUAAUUCACCUCUGCGUGUGCCGGGCAGCAACAACGUGUACAUCUCCCCUCUGAAAAGCCCACGCAUGUCCCCGGGUAUCAUGACUCCUCACUCCAGAAUGCUGGUAUCGAUCGGUGAAUCUUUUGGGCUGUCCAGUCGGUUCCAGAAGAUCAACCAGAUGGUGAACAGCAGCAACCGCUCCUGUAAGAGGACUUUGGAUCUUGGCUCUGCUCCAAAGCCUCUGAAGAGGUUACGCUUCGAUGUGGACGGACAAGAUGAAUCCGAUGGCAGCAAAUCUGGUGGAGAUUCUACACUGAUACAGAAGCUUGCAGAGAUGAGCUCCACUCGGAGUCGUAUGCAGGAGCAGAAGAUGAAGGAGGACGCAGAAGCAAGGAAGGAGUAACUCUAAAACCUACUGAACUGACCUGCACUGUUUGUCACAACGUGAACACUACCUUUUGUUCACACACAAAGUGAAACAUGAGUUUCUCUGUAAAUUUAGUAAUGGAUUUUAGUUUUAGUAUUUAACUUUGUGUUUGAGGAGUAAUAUGUGAAUAUAGAGGACUUUCUCCUUGCUCUCGUUUUUGUUGUUGUUGAUGCUUUAACUGAGUGUUUUAACUGAAUAAUGAUUGACUUUAUUGAAUUUCAAUUGAAUUUGACUUGGUGGUGAUUAAGUAUGUUUGGUUUUAAGAGUGGUAUUCAUUUGUGGAUUUUAUAAGAAAUCAUUGUUUUCACUCUGAUGAAUGUUCUCAUUUGUCAAUAGUGUUGUAAUGACUCAUUUCUGGUUUCUUUGUUGUUAAAUGAUUGGUUUAUUGGUUCUAUCACCAUCGGGACCUUCUUAUGUUGACCUUUUUCUUUUUGACAGUCAUUUCAAAUUUUUAUAUUUCAAUUGUUUCAAUCAUGAUGCAACAUUUCAAGUGUUAAAUCAUGAUUACUCUCCUCAAAAAGGAUUAUAUAUCAACCUCAGAGAGAAAUCCGUAUGUCUUUUCAUGCAGCAGUUUUACUUUUAAAGUGAUUUUUUUAAUACUUGAACUUGGGAAAGUUUAGUUUGGGCCAUAAAGUGAGAAAUAUAAAACAAUCAAUUAUCACUUAAAGGAAAAUCAUCCAUAAUUUGCACUCAACCAAAAUUCAUUGUUAUAUAGUAAUAUCAGAGGAUUUGGUUACAGGUCAUGUUUCUCUCUGGUGUAAUAAGUAGUUUUAUAGUAACUUUUGCUUACUUUUGGGUAGUAAAAAUACAUCAUACAUCAAAUGCAAACACCUCCUAAUCUGUUUCAACUAAAUGAAUCUUUUUUCGUGUGUGUUUGCAGUCACAUUUUUCUACACAUAAGCUGGUUGAUUUUAAUUUUUAGAAAUGGAAUUAGGAAGAUUCUGGGAAAGAGGGAAAAAAUUUAUAGCGAUUAAUACACAACACAUAUAGCAAAUUUAUACUCUGUAUACCAUAGUAAGAUAUUGCUAGAAAUGUCAGUUACCAGAGUUUUAAAUUAAAUGUUUAUAUUGUACUUUCUCAAAGUAGUUCCUUUACACAGUAAACAUUGCUUUUGAAAAUA